CUUUGUAAUUUCAUAAUACAUCAUCUUUCAAAACUCCUCAUUCACAGACUCACAGGAAGACUUUAACCCUAGCCGAGAAACCUCUCUCCCUUCCACUCUAAAACCCUAGACGAGGUUAAGAGGAUCUUUGGUUUUUUCUUCGACUUCAUUAUAAGGUCAAAGGUACUUCAAAUUAUACAAUGUCGCAGCCGGAGAACACCUCUAACCUCGCAGAAGAAGAAGGUGGGACUACUUUGAGUAAAAAAGCUGCAAAGAAAGAAGCAAUAAGACAGGAGAAACUUAAACGUCAACAAGAAGCUGCAGCGGCUUCUGCUGCUCUAGCUGCUGCCUCAAUUGAAGCUGAUCCGUUAUCUGAAAAUUAUGGGGAAGUUGCACUUCCAGAUUUGCAAUCAAAAGCUGUUAGUGGUCGAAAAUGGACUGAAGUUGGAUUGGUAAAUGAAAGUUUGAAGGAUAAAACAGUUCUCGUCCGUGGACGAAUUCAAACAACCCGUCCUGUUGGUAAAAAUAUUGGAUUCCUAGUUUUGAGAGAGAAGGGCUUCACUCUUCAGUGUGUUCUUACUGUGGCGGAUAAUCUCGUUAGUCGUCAAAUGGUGAAGUUUGCAACUAGUUUGAGCAAAGAAUCUCAUGUGGACAUCGAAGGGAUUGUAUCAGUUCCUGAUGCUCCGAUCAAGGGGGCAACCCAGCAGGUUGAACUACAAGUCAGAAAAAUCUAUGGCAUUAGUAAAGCUUUACCUACGCUUCCAAUCAAUAUUGAUGAUGCUGCACGUAGUGAAGUCGACAUUGAGAAAGCUCUGCAGGGUGGAGAACAGCUUGUUCGCGUUAACCAGGAUACCCGUUUAAACUUUAGGGUUUUAGAUUUGCGCACACCUGCUAACCAAGGGAUUUUUCGCAUUCAGUGUCAAGUUGAAAAUAUAUUUAGGCAAUUCUUGUUAUCCGAAGGAUUUGUUGGAAUCCAUACACCAAAAUUGAUAGCAGGCUCAAGUGAAGGUGGUGCAUCUGUCUUCAGACUUGACUAUAAAGGCCGCCCUGCAUGCCUAGCUCAGUCACCACAACUUCACAAGCAGAUGGCAAUUUGUGGUGAUCUUGGGCGUGUCUUUGAGAUUGGCCCUGUUUUCAGGGCAGAAGAUUCCUUCACACACAGACAUUUGUGUGAGUUUACUGGUCUUGAUGCGGAAAUGGAGAUUAAGGAGCAUUAUUCUGAGGUGAUGGACGUCGUAGACCACCUAUUUGUUGCAAUGUUCGACAGUUUGAAUGAGAACUGCCAGAAAGAACUUGAGGCCAUUGGGAAGCAGUAUCCCUUUGAACCUCUAAAGUACCUAAGGAAGACUUUGAGACUUACUUUCGAGGAAGGGGUUCAAAUGUUGAAGGAAGCUGGUGUUGAAGUUGACCCUCUUGGUGAUCUAAAUACAGAAGUGGAGAGGAAGUUAGGGAAGCUUGUACUUGAGAAGUAUGACACUGAGUUCUAUUUACUUCACCGGUAUCCAUUGGCUGUUAGACCGUUUUACACCAUGCCAGCUUAUGACAACCCUGCAUACAGCAAUUCAUUUGAUGUCUUUAUUCGAGGUGAGGAGAUCAUUUCAGGAGCUCAACGUGUGCACGUACCUGAGCUCUUGAGUACUAGAGCAGAGGGUCUGGGAAUUGAUCUGAAGUCUAUUGAAACGUAUAUUGAUGCAUUCCGGUACGGAGCACCCCCGCAUGGUGGAUUUGGAGUUGGAUUGGAGCGAGUGGUGAUGCUUUUCUGUGCUUUAAACAACAUCCGUAAAACCUCGCUUUUCCCUCGUGACCCUCAAAGGAUCACUCCAUAGUUUGUUUUCAUCUUUUCCAUUAAUAAGAUAAUUCCAUAGUUAUACCUAUCUGAACUAGGGUAUUUUUGGAUCUACGAUCAAAUUCUGGUGAUGUGAUUUAUCCUACCACACCAUUUGGAUAAAUGUUGCCAUCAAAGAUUGUCACUAACAUUGUUGCAAAAUACAGCGAUGGCUGGUCUAAAGGCUGCAUUCCAAGUUAGCUUUCAAUGGAUGAAUAGACCUUGAACCACAAGUUUGAUCAAUAUUUUGUUGUAGGGAUAUGCUAUUUUAGAAGUUUCAAAUUUAACAAAUCUGUGUAUAAGCUUCCCACAGUAUUGCU